AUGGCCUGGAAAGAUGUUGCCGCAGCGGGAGCCAACGUGACUGGUGCACGACUGGCGCGGCCGCCAACCUCAGGCCGAAAUCCCGAAAUCCACUCUUCUUCCACCAACUUCUCCGUUCCGCUUCCUCCUCCCGCUCCCUCCCUUCCUGCGUCCUCUGGAGGUGCUUCGCGGUCUCAAUUCACAUCUCACUCGCUUCACCUCAUCAUGUUUCGCCCCGCCGUACGAGCGCUCGCCCGCGCACCCAUCGCCGCGCCCUGUGGCCCAGCCAGCAGACGAUUGAUAAGCACCGGUCCUACCAAGUCGAGAAGCUGGAAGAACACCGUCCUCCGACUUGGUCUGGCUGGUGGUGCGAUCUACUACUACAACACUAGCAGCGCAUUCUCCAAAGAGCCCCAAUUCUCCAUCCUCGCCAAGACCCAACAAGACAAUGCCAACGCCUCGUCCGAAACCCUCGACUCCAUCACCCCGAAGAUCCGCGAAGAGCGAGCCGCAGCCCGAAAGGCUAGCGUGAACCCGGAAGAGCUCGAGAAGGAGGCUGGCCAAGAAGCCGCUUUCAACCCGGAGACUGGCGAGAUCAACUGGGACUGCCCGUGCCUGGGUGGUAUGGCGCAUGGUCCUUGCGGAGAGGAGUUCAAGGCCGCGUUCAGCUGCUUCGUGUACUCGGAGGAGGAGCCCAAGGGCAUUGACUGCAUUGAAAAGUUCCAGGGCAUGCAAAAUUGCUUCCGCGCACACCCCGAUGUGUACGGUGCCGAGCUGGAGGACGAGGAAGCUGAGGCUGCUGAGGCCGGUGCUCCUGCUCCCCCUGCCUCUUCCGAGCAGCCCCCUGCUGCCGCCGCCGAUAUCGAUGCCGCUUCCCAAAACGAGAAUAAGCACUACAGCGCCCAGGAAGCCAACGCCGAGGUGAAGGCCGUUGAAGCCGAGAAGGUCGACGUCACUGAGCCCGAAGUUUUGGUUCCCAAGGCUGCUCACGAUGCCGAGACCAAGAACCAGGAGGCCCAGAAGACUGAGAACUGA